AAAAUGAUGUUGCUGUGGUAUGAGGAAGGCUUCAGAGUCAUCAUUUUGACCUCUAAUCUCAUCAGAGCUGACUGGUACCAGAAAACACAAGGGAUGUGGAUGAGCCCUCUGUUCCCUCGGUUACCAAAGGAAAGCAGUGCAAGCGCUGGUGAGUCGCCCACCUUCUUUAAGAGGGACCUGCUGGAGUAUCUGGCAUCGUACCGCGCUCCAGAACUUGAAGAGUGGAUCCAGAGAAUCAAAGAGCAUGACCUGUCAGAGACCAGGGUAUAUUUAGUUGGCUCAACCCCAGGAAGAUAUGUAGGUUCAGAUAUGGAGCGCUGGGGCCACCUGAGGCUGAGGAAGCUGUUGUACGAGCAUACAAAUCCUAUUCCUGGCGAGGAAAGGUGGCCAGUGAUUGGCCAGUUUUCCAGCAUCGGCUCUAUGGGAUUGGAUAAAUCUAAGUGGUUGGCGGGGGAAUUUCAGCGCACCCUGACCACACUAGGAAAAUACUCUCUUCGCCCAGACCCUCCUGUGCACUUGGUCUGUCCAACUACAGCAAAGAUAAUGCUGUUUGCUGCAUGAUCAGAUUUAAAAGAACUGUCUGCUGGUGUAGUCACUGAGUUUAUUAAGACAGGAAACUUUUUCACUCAGGUUUUCAGACUUUUUUUUUCUUAUAUAUUUGAAAACUUUAGCACUAAAUAAUCAAUCAAGCAGUUGCCCACUUCGUAUAUAUUCAGGGUUUUGCUGUUCCACUCUUACUUCCAGUCAUUCCUUUUGUUAGAAAACUUUG